AUGGACGAGCUCGCGAAGCUGCAGCUCGUGUCCAAGGUCUGCGGGCGCCUCGACGAGGAGCUCGGCGUCGGCGACCGCACGCUCGCGGAGUUCGUCAUCCACCUCGCCGAGACGCAGGGGACGCCGUCGGCCUUCGGCGCCGCCCUCGCGGAGAACGGCGCGGACUUCCCGGAGCCCUUCGUCGCCGCGCUCUUCGCGCUCGUCGACGACGCGCGCCGCGCGCCGGCGCCGCCGGUGCCGCCGCGGAAGCGGGGCCCGCCGAGCCCCGAGUGCGGCGCCGCGCGCGCGGCGCCGCGCGCGCGGCCGCCGCCCCGGGGCGGCGACCCCGAGCUGCACGCGAUCUACGCGGGGCGCGUGACCAAGGUCGCCGAGUUCGGCGCGUUCGUCGCGCUCGAGGGCCCGACGCCGCCGCGCGAGGGCCUCGUGCACGUGUCGAUGAUCUCCGGCGACGGCCGCGCGCGCGACGCGGCGCGCGCGGUCGCGCGGGACCAGCGCGUCUUCGUCAAGGUGCUCGGCGUCGCGGGCUCGCGCGUCUCGCUGUCCAUGCGGGAGUGCGACCAGGCCACGGGCGCGGACCUCCGGCCCGACCGCGCGGCGGCGCUCCGCGGCGCCGACGCCGCCGGCGCCGGCGGCGGCGUCGCGCGGAGCAACCCCAUGAUCAACCCGGGCGUGUCGCUCGGCGACCUCCGGCGCGCCGAGGCCGCGGACGCCGCGGCGGGCGGCGGCGGGCGGCGGCGGAAGCGGCUCACGUCGCCCGAGCUCUGGGAGGCGCGCCAGCUCGCGGCGUCGGGCGUCGUGCCCGCGGAGAUGCUCCCGACCUUCGACGAGGAGCGGGGCGUGCUCGGCGACUUCGGCGCCGAGGAGGCGGAGGAGGAGCUCGAGAUCGAGCUCAACGAGCACGAGCCGCCGUUCCUCCGGGGCCAGGGCGCGCGCGCGCGCGACGCGAGCCCCGUCGCCAUCGUCGCCAACCCCGAGGGGUCGCUCCAGCGCGCCGCGCUGACCCAGGGCGCGCUCGCCAAGGAGCGGCGCGAGCUCAAGCAGGCCCAGGCGAACGCGCUCAUCGACGGCAUCCCCAAGGACCUGAACCGGCCCUGGGAGGACCCCAUGCCCGACGCGGGCGAGCGCCACUUCGCGCAGGAGCUCCGGAGCGUGAAUUUGGCGAGCUCCCAGGUCGACAGCGCCUGGAAGCGGCAGCAGCAGAAGCAGCAGCUGAGCUUCGGCCACGUGUCGAACAAGUCGCUCCGGGAGCAGCGCGCGGCGCUGCCCAUCGCCGCGCUCCGAACCGAGCUCGAGGCGGCCGUCGCCGCGCACCAGGUCCUCGUCGUCAUCGGCGAGACGGGCAGCGGCAAGACGACGCAGAUGACCCAGUACAUGGCGGAGAUGGGCCUCACGGCGCGCGGCGCCGUCGGCUGCACGCAGCCGCGGCGCGUCGCGGCCAUGUCCGUCGCGAAGCGCGUCGCCGAGGAGUUCGGGUGCGAGCUCGGCGCGGAGGUGGGCUACAGCAUCCGCUUCGAGGACUGCACGUCGCCGGCUACCGUGCUCAAGUACAUGACCGACGGCAUGCUCAUGCGCGAGUACCUCGCGGACAACGACCUCGGCCGCUACGCGGCGCUCAUCCUCGACGAGGCGCACGAGCGGACGAUCCACACGGACGUGCUCUUCGGCCUGCUCAAGGACCUCCUGGGCCGGCGGCCGGACCUGAAGCUCGUGGUGACGUCCGCGACGCUCGACGCGGAGAAGUUCUCCGCGUACUUCUUCGACUGCCCCAUCUUCACGAUCCCCGGCCGCCUUUUUCCGGUGGAGGUGCUCUACACGAAGGAGCCCGAGGCCGACUACCUCGACGCGGCGCUGAUCACGGUCAUGCAGAUCCACCUGAGCGAGCCCGCGGGCGACGUGCUCGUCUUCCUCACGGGCCAGGAGGAGAUCGACAGCUGCUGCGAGAUUUUGCACGCGCGCAUGGAGGCGCUCGGCGGCCUCGCGCCCGAGCUGCUCAUCCUGCCCGUCUACGGCGCGCUCCCGGCGGAGAUGCAGAGCCGCAUCUUCGAGCCGCCGCCGCCGGGCGCGCGCAAGUGCGUCGUCGCGACGAACAUCGCCGAGGCGUCGCUGACGAUCGACGGCAUCUACUACGUCGUCGACCCGGGCUUCUGCAAGCAGAAGGCCUACAACCCCAAGCUCGGCAUGGACUCGCUCGUCGUGACGCCCAUCUCCCAGGCGUCGGCGCGCCAGCGGAGCGGCCGCGCGGGCCGCACGGGGCCGGGCAAGUGCUACCGGCUCUACACCGAGGCCGCGCUGCGGACGGAGAUGCUGCCCUGCUCCGUGCCCGAGAUCCAGCGCACGAACCUGGGCAACGUCGUCCUCCAGCUCAAGGCCAUGGGCAUCCACGACCUCCUCGCCUUCGACUUCAUGGACCCGCCCCCGCUCGCGACGCUCGUCGGCGCGAUGCAGGCGCUCUACGCGCUCGGCGCGCUCGACGACGAGGGCCUGCUCACGCGCUUCGGCCGGAAGAUGGCCGAGUUCCCCCUGGAGCCCCAGCUCUCGAAGAUGCUCAUCGCCGCCGCGGACCUCGGCUGCGCGGAGGAGGUGCUCUCCGUCGUCGCGAUGCUCUCCGUCGAGCAGCCCUUCUACCGGCCCAAGGAGAAGCAGGCCCAGGCGGACGCGAAGAAGGCCAAGUUCUUCCAGCCCGAGGGCGACCACCUCAUGCUCCUCGCCGUCUACGACGCCUGGAAGCGCGCCAACUUCUCGAACCCGUGGUGCUACGAGAACUUCCUCCAGGCGCGCGCGAUGCGCCGCGCGGCGGACGUCCGGAAGCAGAUCGUCUCCAUCAUGGACCGCUACAAGAUGGACGUCCUCUCCGCCGGGCGGAAACUCGACCAGGUCCGCCGCGCCAUCGUCGCGGGCUACUUCACGAACGCCGCGAAGAAGGACCCGCAGGAGGGCUACAAGACCAUGGUGGAGGGCAACCCCGUCUACAUCCACCCGUCGUCCGCGCUCUUCAACAAGAACCCGGAGUGGCUCAUCUACCACGAGCUCGUGCUCACGUCCAAGGAGUACAUGCGCCAGGUCAUGGCCGUCGAGCCGAGGUGGCUCGUCGAGCUCGCGCCGCGCUUCUACCGCACGGCGGACGCGGGCACGCUGUCCAAGGCGAAGCGGAGCCAGAAGAUCGAGCCCCUCUACGACCGCUUCAACCCCCCGGGCUCCUGGCGCCUCUCGAAGCGGCGCGGCUAA